UAGUAAUUACCAGAACUAACUAACACUGAAAAGUGAAGAAAACAGUGAGUGAUAUUUUUGCUUUGCGUGCUUAGCGGGAGAGGGAAGCUGAAGAGAAUAUUUUCGUUUUCGAAAUCCACCGAUCUCUCUCAUUCUUCAAUGGCCACCCUUUCCGCAUGCGCUUCCCCUCCAUGGCCAAACCCUAAUUCUCCCAAUUCAAAUCCAGACCCUAAUUUCCUCCCCGAUCAAUCCCAAACCCUCGACUUCGACUCCCUCAUGCCUCCGCAACCCGAAUCUCCACCGCCCCACCACCACCACUCCCCCGACGCAUCGCCGCCGGAAUCCUCCCCAUCGCUCCCGCCGCCGUCGCUCCUCUACCUCUCCUUCAACCAGGACCAGGCCUGCUUCGCCGCCGCCGCCGACAGCGGCUUCCGCAUCUACAACUGCGACCCCUUCCGCGAGCUCUUCCGGCGCGAUUUCGACGGCGGCGGAAUCGGCCACGUGGAGAUGCUCUUCCUCUGCAACAUCUUCGCCCUCGUCGGCGGCGGGCCUAACCCUCAGUACCCGCCCAACAAGGUCAUGAUCUGGGACGACCACCAGGGCCACUGCAUCGGCGAGCUCUCCUUCCGCGCCGCCGUGCGCGGCGUCCGCCUCCGCCGCGACCGCAUCAUUGUCGUCGUCGAACAGAAGAUCUUUGUCUACAACUUCGCGGACCUCAAGCUCGUGCACCAGAUUGAGACCGUUCCAAACCCUAAGGGGCUCUGUGCGGUUUCGCAGCUGUCCGAUUCUCUCGUUCUCGCGUGCCCCGGUUUGCACAAGGGUCAGAUUCGCGUGGAACACUACGCGCAGAAGAAGACCAAGUUCAUCUCAGCGCAUGAUUCCAGAAUCGCUUGCUUCGCUCUCACGCUUGAUGGACAGUUAAUCGCCACCGCCAGCACCAAGGGUACGCUGAUUCGGAUUUUCGACACAGAUCACGGCACGCUUCUUCAGGAAGUGAGAAGGGGUGCGAAUACUGCUGAGAUUUGUAGUUUGGCAUUCUCUUCUACUGCUCAGUGGCUAGCGGUCUCAAGUGAUAAGGGUACUGUCCAUGUAUUCAGCCUUAAGAAACAUUCUAACAUCCCCGAGCUGGAAAAGACACAAAGUUCAUCCAAUUCAGAGGCUGCCGUUACCCUAUCUAACUCAUCUCGCUCCUUCAUUAAAUUGAAAGGAGUGUUGCCCAAGUACUUCAAUUCUGAGUGGUCAGUUGCUCAGUUUCACUUACAAGAGGGCUCUCAUUACACAGUUGCAUUUGGUCUCCAAAAGAAUACAGUCAUUAUUCUUGGCAUGGAUGGAAGGUAUGGUUUGAAGAAACGACUAAAUGCUUCUAUAGAUGCCAAUUUGAUCCAGUACGUGGAGGGGAGAUGACUCAGCUGGAACAUCGCAACUUUUUAAAGCCAGAACCAGAAACAGCCUUGUAAGACGCGGAGAGAAGAAAUCCUUAGCGCUUGCGUUUCUCUGCUUAGUUAGGCUUAUGUAAAUAUGCAUACUGAAGUAACACUGACCCCAUUAUUAGUAACUCAGGGUCGACCUCGUUGCUUCCAUUGUAAUAUUUGUGAUUAUAUAGUUUUCUAUUUUUUUAAUAAUAAAUAUUGAGAGCUAUGGUAAAAUCUGCAAUCUCCUAA